GACGACGACGACGGGCAACCGGAGUUUCGUCCCCCACCGCUCACCUCUCCCACACACUCUCCACUCCUCUCUUUGGCUCGAGCUGUGCCGGCAUCCUCGACUUGCUGUUCGCACACCGCGCAGAGCAGAGACCAUGUCGCACGCACCUCGUCGCCCCGCGCCGCCGGGCGCCACUGGCGGCACUGGGGCCGGUGCCAAGGGCGCACAGCAGCAGGCAGGCGGACGCAGUCGUGGACAGGACAUCAGCCAUCUGCUCGCCUUCACGCUGCCGCCUCGCGCACGGCCGCCGCCCGCCGCGCAGCAGCGGCGCUCGCGGCGCAGCGGCUACAGCGUGCCGUUCAACAAGGAGCGCUAUGUGAACGCGCAGUACCGCUUCCUCGUCAAGCCCACGGGCGACUACACGGCCUACUUUGCCGAUCCCGACAUCUACCUGCUCUGGGCGGACAUUCUCUCCGUGCUCAUCCCCACCUCCUCCGCGCUCUCCUCUGCUUCGCUCUCCGGCAACAACACUGGCAGCAGCAGCACGGCGCCGCAUCUCGAGACACACGAGGGCGCCGCCUGUCCCAUCUGCCUCUCGCCGCCCACGGCACCGCGCAUGACCAAGUGCGGCCACGUCUUUUGCUUUCCGUGCAUCCUGCACUACCUCUCCUCGCACGACGAGCCCGCGUCGGGCGGCAGCAGCGGCAUCAGCACGCCCUCGUCGCGCCCCGGGGCGGCGCCCGGCACGCACGGCUCGGCCCUCGUGCGGCAUGCGCCGCCGCCCACGCACACGCCUGCGCCGCCAAAGUGGAAGCGCUGCCCCAUCUGCUGGGACGCCAUCUACGCGCGCGACGUCAAGGCCGUCACGUUCCACGAUGCACGCGCCAUCGCACAGGAGCACGAGGCCGCCGUCGAGUUGCCGCGCGCCGCCCCACCGGACGGAGGCGAGCGCCUGACGAUGCGUCUCAUUGAGCGCCCACAUCUCACCACAAUGGCGCUGCCGCAGUCCUCGACGUGGCCGGCGGCGUCAUUUAGCGGCAGCAACGAGCCGCCGCUGAUCCCACAUCACUCUGCGCCAUGGCACUUCCAGCCCGACGUGCUAGGCUUCGCCAAGCUCAUGCUCGCCACGCCGGCGCUGCUGCUGCAGAAUCUGGCGCGCGAUGCCGCCGAGCUCGGCGCCGAGCGACAGCUGCUGCUUGACCUCUCUGGGCCCGACGAGCCGAGCCUUGUCUUCGUGGCGCUGGCGCUCGAGAAGGUCAAGGAGCAGAUGCAGAUGGUCGAGCGCGAUCUCGACACGCAGGCCGUACGCGAGGCAGAGGCGCAGGCGCAUGCUGAGCUGCGCGAACAUCAGCUGCAUGAGCAGACGCGGAGGGAACAGGAGGAGGAGAGACGUCGGGCGCGCAAGGCAGCGCUGCCCAAUGGCAGGGAUCAGAACAGCGAGGAGGCGCCUGCGCCUCAGCCCGGCGAGCAAGAUGCAGCAGCGCCAGAGGCAACCGAGGGGACAGAGGAGUUUCUCGCUCUGCGCUUUGCCGCUGGCGGCGCAGUGGCGCCCGCGCAGGAGGAGACGCCAUCAGGACGGCUAGCCUCUCGGCCACGGCCGGCACGGCGCAACCUCAACCCGCCGUCGCCGUCCUCUUCGUCCUACUUCUUCUAUCAGGCGGCAUCAGGGCAGCACAUCUACCUGCAUCCGCUCGACAUCAAGAUCCUGCUCUCUGAGUUCGGCUCGUACGCGCGCUUCCCGCGCACGCUGCGCCUCAAGAUUCAGGGCGCCGACGAGGGCAGCAUGAACGAGGAGCUACGGCGUCGAUGCAAGUACCUUACGCACCUGCCGACGGGCACGGACGUGGUGUUCGUCGAGGUGGACUGGGAGGCCAUGUCGACGCCUGCUGCUGCGGCCGGCGAGCAGGACAUCGUCGAGGCGCCACUGGUGCGCAAGACAACGCUGCAGCCUUACGAGCAAGGGCUGCGGCAGCGCAGACACAAGCGCCGCGACCGCGAGCGCCGCGACGACCGCGCAAAGCUGCGCUUCGAGGAACGCGAGGCUGCUGCACGGCCGGGCGGCGCCAUGGCGGCGGCCAGACGCGAGGCCGCCGUGGCGAGUCUGGCCGAGGACCCGGAGCUCGGCUUCGGCAGCAGUGUCGGCUCGAGCGUGGGAGGCGGAGGCUUGGCGGCGAUGAGCUCCUCGUCGGCGGCUAGCAACGGGGCCUCGCCAAGCUUCCGCGAGGCAGCGCUCUGGGGCGCCGAGCGCGACUUUCCCAUCCAUCCCGGCGUCACCGAGGUCUUCCCGCCACCAGCUGUCGCGCGCAUCUCGCCCUCGCGUCUCGACGAGCCUGCGCUGCCGCAGACGGUGUGGGGCACUGCGGCGGCACGUCCUAGCUUCGCCGCCACGCUUCAUUCGUCGAGUCGCCGUGCCGUUGAGGAGGAGCAGGAGGGACCCGACUGGGGCUUCCUCGAGUGGGAGGACGACGUGAUCUCCGGCGGCCGCUCGGGCGCGAUGCGCGAGAGCCGCGGCCUCAAUCGCCAGACGCCAAGGAGCGGCACCAACACUCCCAAGUACAGCCGCAACCCGAGCGCCACCAGUCUUGCCAGCUCGACGAGGCGUGCGCCGUCGACGACUACCAGUGCCGCUGGUGCCGCCACCGACGACGCGACGUCGACGACGAGUGGCGCAGAGGGCCAGAGGUCCGACGCUGAGCCUGCUACGCCGACGCCGGCGCAGAGCAAGAAGGCGAAGCCGAAGAAGAAGAAGCUCGUGCUCACCGCCGGCGGCCGAGGCAUGGCCUGAGAGGCCCGCCCUCUGUCCCUGCAUCGUGCUUGGCUCCACCAGCCGCCAUGUACUCUGCUUCGUCUCUGCUGCACGACCCGCCCUGCCUUGUAGAUCGCCCACGCCAUGUCUGGCCCCCUGCCCCUCUCCCGCCUUCUUCAGCCCGCCACACAUGCUUCUCCCACACGUCAAGCUCCUCCUUCCCAUGCCAUGCGCGCCGCCUCUGUACCCAGCAUCCACCCACUCGGCCCUUCUGCCAGCACUGCAAUCACCAUCAUCCAUCGUCACGCC